AAAUUAAACAUUAUUACAUUUUCCACCAAAUCAAUCUCUCACAGCACCAAUGAGACUUGUUGAGACUGAUGAUGCAUCAUUGCUCAUUGACCCCUCUGCUGAAAAUUUGGCAUCUCCGGGACUGGCGGAACAAGCUCAACCGCCACCGUAUGCUGCCUCUCCCUUUCCCACGAGGUCGUUGUACAACCACGGCGGUCUCACCUGGAACCCUGUUACGGAGAUGGGGACCGCCGAGAAUGCUGCUGCGGCGGCGUUGACGGAGUCGAAAAUGAGUGAAGAAGGUGAGACUAGUGUUUUCCAUCAUCUACAAACAGAUUCUGAUAAUCACUCUGUUAGUACAGAGUGCGAUUUGUUGUUCGAAAUGGCGGGAGGAAUGAUAAUGAGCCCCCAAAGGCCAAGGAUGAACUUUUCUGGUGAAGAAGCGUUGUUCCUUACGCCCUAUUUACACACCGAUAUGGGGAUGGGGGGAGGAAUGAUGAUGAGCAUGAGCCCCUCAAGGAUGAACUACUUUUCCCCGCCGUCCGGUGAUUCCAUCGGAAAUUCCGAUCCAUUUAGAUUGGGGGGAGGAAUGAUGAUGAGCAUGAGCCCCCCAAGGAUGAACUACUUUUCCCCGCCAUCCGGUGAUUCCGAUCCAUUUAGAUUGUGGAAUUUUGCAGAUCAUAGUGAGUCUCAAGAGUUGGAGAAUAGGAAGGGAAUGAUGAUGCGGCCAACUUGGAAGCAGCAGCCGUGUAUAGAAGUUGAUGCUGCUGCCUUGGGAAAGAAUCAAGCACUUGAAGGGACGGUGCACCAGAUCUCGGGUAGUCAUCGACAAAGAAAUGAUGAUCGCUUCGUUAAUCUAGAGGAUCUUUUCGUAGAUGCGUUAUUCCACAUGCCUAUUCAAUCACCGGCCGACAUGGCAGGAGGAAUGAUGGUGAGUCCGAUUAGGAUGAACUCUUCACUGCCAUUAGAUGAUUCCCCCGGGAAUUUUGAUCCAGUAGUUAUCCCCGGGGGUAAUGAGGAGGUUCAAGUGUUACAGACGUGGAGAAAAAUGAUGCAGGCAACUUGCAAGCAGCGGUGUUUUGAAGUUGAGACUCCCUUUGUGGUCUGCUCGAUACGGCAUCUCCAGAAGAUGGUUGCAGAAUUGCGAAAUGGGGAGGAAAUACUGUGGCUAACUGGCAAGCAGGCGUAUGUAGAACUAGAACUUAAUUUUUCAUCGGAAAAAAAGGGUAAUGAUGUUAGCCUUUGGCUAGCACUUGAACCAGAAAGCAGUGGAGGGAUGAUGGAACACAACUCAAUGGUUUGCUUAGAAAGGACGUUUCUGGGGCGCUUUGACAGGGCAUUUCUACGCAGUUUGGAAGGGCUGUUGGACCACUUCAUUGUAUAUUUUCUGAAAGCAGGUGUGAAGUUAUGGAAUGGACGAGGAAGCAAGUUGUGGCAUUUAGAAGUUGGUAAUGCCAAUUGCAGGGGAGAGAUGAUCCAACACCAACAGGACUCAUCAUGUGAAGGCAAAAUUCCAGAGUCCAGUGCAACAAAUGAAGGAAGAGAAGCAGUUGGGUUAGAUGGCAUUGAUGCCAAAGCAAACAGUUCAAAGAAAAAUGACACAAUUUGCAGGUGGCAGAAAGAUCAUGGAAUUACCCGUCAGGUUCUUGAACAACUGCUUCAUAAGAGGCUGAGUCGCGAUGAUGCUGCUAAAACUCUUAAAGUUAGCACAUCUACAUUGAAGCGAGCAUGUAGAAAUUUUGGCAUCCCUAGAUGGCCAAAUCACAACAGAAAAAGGCCAAAUUCCUCUCUCAACCAAAAACAAGCUGAUAAGAAGCCUAAAGGAACUCAAUCAUGUCCUGCCCUGCCUCCUGCAGAAGCCACAACAACUACACUCCAAGCUAAUAGCGUCAUGUCAAUGAAGGUAACCUAUAAAAAUGAUACUAUAAGGUUUCCGCUCUCAUCCUCCGCCUCAACUAUGAAAUAUUUGGAGGAGCAAUUGGAAACAAAGUUUAAAAUAUCACUAGAAAAUAUGUCUAUCAAGUAUCAAGAUGAGGAAGAUGAAUGGAUUACCCUAACGUGUGAUUCGGAAUUGAUGCACGGUUUGGAUGUGUUGAGAUCAUGUGGCAAGACUGUAAUCAGAAUGAUAAUCACCCCAAAAUUUGACUGAUCCAUGGAUGAUGCACGACUUCAUUUUGCUCCUUUCCUUCUCCCCUGCAUACUUACAUCAUUUCUUCCUUCUAGGGUUGUUUCUGUAAUGUGAUGUACAACAUACUCUUGCCACUGAUUACUAAUUUUACUAUACUACUUUGCACUUAUUGCAUCACCCUUCUCAGAAAAAUAUUGAAUGGCAUGACAGUGAGAUUCUCA